UCACUGUAUAACCAAAAAUCUCAUCUUUAAUGCCAAUUCUGUUUAGCGGUUAACAACUUCUUCUCUUUUUCUCAUCCCAUAAUGCUGCAACACUUUUUGGCUUUGGUACAGAAACACUUUCUGCUCUGAAUUAUAAAUUUCUAACCGGCAUGACUCCAGAUCGUAAAAGAGUUGCUGCUGUUGAAGGGGAUACUGAAGAUAGACUCAGUGCUCUACCGAGAAACGUUAUACAUGAUAUCCUAAGGCUCUUGCCUGUUCACGACGCAGCAAGAACUAGUAUUUUGUCCAAAAAUUGGAGAUAUAUUUGGGCCAUACUUCCCAAUUUGGUGCUUGAUAAGCACUUUUGCAAUAAAUUAGCACUAAAAUCUCAAUCUGUCCUCAAAGAAACGGUAGAUGAGAUUCUCUUACAGCAUCUUGGAGACAUCGUGAAAUUUGUUCGUGAUAUUUCAGGAACACAUUUGACUUCGUAUGCAGAUAUUGAUAGAUGGAUGCGUUUUGUCACCAGAAAUAAUGUCAAAGAGCUAAUCCUUGGCAUGCCAGAUAAUAGUACUUAUAAACUCCCUUCGCAUGUAUUUAAUUGUCCAACACUCACAAGUUUGAAACUCUUCAAUUGUAUCGUCAAACCAACAAAUUCUUUUCUUGGCUUUCAGAAUCUUACAACCCUCCGUCUGGAAAAAAUAACUUUUGUCCCAACCAUGGAGUUUUGGGUUAUCAACGCCCCCCUUCUUGUCAAUUUGACCUUGAAGCACUGUAAUGGUACUCAAUAUCUCGACACUGUUGUUUCAUCUGGGUUGAAGUACUUGUCAGUUCGGGAGACUCACUUUAAUCUUGACCUAAAUCGCUUUAUGAACUACAAAAAUUUGACAAAUUUAUACCUUGUGGUUGAGAGCCCAAUAGCUACUGAUGAAAGAUCAACUUAUGAAAAGCUUAUUUCUAGUGUGCCUACGCUGCAGGUACUUACUUUGGGUUCAUUUGUCCUUGAGCUUUUGAGUACAGGUGUGGUUACAAAGGGGCUUCCUUUUACACUCAAUUGCUUGUGGCAUCUACGGUUAGGUGUAAACUUAGGCCAAAUGGGUCAGACUUCUUGUGCUCUAGAGUUAAUUAAGAGUUUCCACAAUUUGAGUAAACUUGAUAUUUGGGUAUGUGUUGCCUGUGACAACGCUGAAGCAGUUAUGAAAUAUCUGGACAGACCAACCUGCUUGGACCGACCACUCGACAAGCUCAAAGAUGUCGAUAUGUAUUUAUAUAAUGGUUCAAAAGUUGAACUGUUGUUCAUAAAGCUAUUGUUUGCUCGUACUCCAUCUUUGGUUAGGAUGGAUAUUAAGCAGAAAGAAGCCUUAGGGACUAGGGAAGAAAGGAAUAUCACCAAAGAGUUGAUGCGUUUCCCCAGAGCAUCUCCCAAGGCUGAGCUAUUCUAUUCGACAAAUGCGGAUCAGGAUUUUAAGUCGGUUGAUUUGCGAUUUGAUGCUAUUAAUGCUCAUUGAUUCCUUCUUUGUUCAUAAUGAGUUUUGUUAAAGAAGGGAAUGAAUUAGCAGAUUUAGAAUUAGUAAAACUUCUGGGAUUCCUUUAAUAGAUAUAUUUAGUAGAUGUUUAAUUUGAAAGUUCAGUCUCUCUGGAUGAUUAAAAAAAAAAAUGUUUCUUUUCAGUUCUUUAGUUAAUUUGGAAAAGAUCUCUGCAAUUGUUUGUGUACAUUAAUACAUGAAUAACCUUGCUUGGUAAUUUACCAUUUUGCUUAUACUGUAUGUAUUUGUUUAGAGGUUAGAAGAGCUUAGGCUUAGAAAUCUUCAUUUCCUGGGGGAAACUGUUAUUUUCAGUUACACUAUUCUUCAGUUGA